CUCUUUCUCUCUGCAACUGUGAUCCAUAACUCCCUUUCCACUGGCUUUUUUGUUCUUAUGAAGAAGGAAUAGGAGAGACUGGAGUUAGUGGAUCUUUAGAGGUGAGUGCCAGAAUACCUCUGAAUUACCUGCACAGGAGCUAAACGCUGGAUUGGAGACAGAACACUCAGCCUGGGAGGAUAGACAGCAUGAGGAGGCUGAUAUGAAAUUCUUCAUAAGAACAAAAAUGAUUACUUUUGCAUGGACUUUGACUGGAUUCACUGGGAGGAAGAAAGUGGAUUUCUAUGGAUUGUUUCCAAACAGGACACUCUCCACAGACACCGAUGCUAUGUACACUGUGAAGUGGGAUGGACAGAGGAGAAAGUUUCUCCUGUUUUACCUUGGUGAAGACCAAGAAUUUACCAUAAGAUCACAUGGUGCUGCUCAGCAGUGCAAUCAGCGUUGCCAUGGCAGCGCUGAUUCGCACUGCUCGUGAUGAGUCUGUCCACUUCCCUGAGACUGUCGACGAGCCUGUCCAUUUCCCUGUGGCUGUCAACGAGUCCAUCCAGUUCCCUAAGCCUGUCCAGUUCCCUGUGGCUGUCAACGAGUCCAUCCAGUUCCCUAAACCUGUCAAGUUCCCUGUGGCUGUCGACGAGCCUGUUCAAGCACCCCUGUCCAGUCAAGUCUUCUCGUCAAGUCAAGCUGGCCUGGCAAAUCAAGUCAUCAAGCCAAGUCAAGCUGCCAAGCCAUUACACCAAGCCAAAUCAUCACACCAAAUCAAGCCACCACGCCAAGUUGUUAUACCAAGUCUGACCAUCACACCAAAUCUAGCCACUAUGCCAAGUCAUACCAACACGUCAAGUGAUGUCAUCAAGUCGUUUCUUCAAGUCAAAUUGUCACUGCCAUGCCAAGUCAUCUCACCUAUUCAGACUGUCAAACCAAGUCAAGCAGCCAAGUCUUAUCAAGCCAAGUCAAGCUGCCAAGCCAAGCUAUUACACAAGCCCAACAUCACAUCAAAUCAAGCCACCAUGCAAGUCAAACUCAUACCAUCAAGACAAGUCGUCACUUCAAGUCAAGUUGUCACUGUCACACCCAGUCAGUUCAUCUCACCAAUUCAAACCAUCCCACCAAAUCAAGCCGCCAAGCCUAGUCAAGCUGCCAAACCAAGCCAAGCAGCCAAGUCUACUUAAGUCAAGCCAUCAAGUCAACCCAAGCCAUUACACCAAGCCAAACCAUCACACCUAAUCAAGCCACCACGCCAAGUCAAACCGUCAUGCCAAGUCAUCUCAUCAAUUCAAACUGUCAAGCCAAGUCAAGCCACCAAGCCAAGCUAUUAUACCAAGCCCAACCAUCACACCAAAUCAAGCCACCACGCCAAGUCAAACUGGCACGUCAAGUCAUGCCAUCAAGUCAAGUCGUCACUUCAAGUCAAGUUGUCUCUGUCACGCCCAGUCAAGUCAUCUCACCAAUUCAAAUUUUCACACCAAAUCAAGCCGCCAAGCCAUUACACCAAGCCAAACCAUCACACCUAAUCAAGUCACCACAACAAGUCAAACUGCCAUGCCAAGUCAAGUCAUCUCAUCAGUUCAAAAUGAUAAGCCAAGUCAAGCCACCAAACCAAGUCAAGCAGCCAAGUCUAGCCAAGCCAUCACGCCUAGUCGAACGGACACACCUAGUCAAGCGGCUAUGUUAUGUCAAAUCGUCAAGUCAAGCCACCAUGCCAAGCUGCUACACUUUGGACAUUUUUGUCAUGAUCCUGCCUUUUUUGUCCUGUUUAUUCUUGCGUUGGCAGGAUUGUGACAGUUUCCUCCGCCCACCUCUCAGGUUGUCCCAUGUGCUGUUUCUCUCUCUCCCUCGUGUUUCUCACCGGUGCUACUCAGCAGCGCAAUCAACUUUGCCAUGGCAGCGCUGAUUUGCGCUGCUCGUAAUUAGUAGCAGCACCUGUAUCCUAUCUCUCUUUCCUCUAUUUAUUCUCUCCUUUGUCGCAUCUUCCCUGCCAGAUCAUUGUGUUUUGUUCCCAGGCUAGUCGUGUUGGUCCUGUGCAUUCCAGUUACCCCCAGUCGGUUUGUUUUCAGUUUUGUUUUUUCAGUUUUAUUGUUGCUUUUUGUACUCCCUUAUGAGUGUUUUGUUUGUUUAUUUUUUUCAAUAAAACUACAUAA